CAGCACUGCCGCCCCCGUGCAGAUUGCCAUAUGCAAUGGACACUGAUCUCAGUUCCCAGGACAGGAAGGACCUGGACAAGUUCAUCAAAUUUUUUGCUUUAAAGACGGUGCAAGUGAUUGUCCAGGCCCGACUUGGAGAGAAAAUCUGUACCAGAUCAUCAUCCUCCCCAACAGGCUCUGACUGGUUCAAUUUGGCAAUCAAAGACAUACCAGAGGUUACUCAUGAAGCAAAGAAGGCCCUGGCAGGACAACUGCCUGCUGUUGGACGGUCUAUGUGUGUGGAGAUUUCUCUCAAAACCUCAGAGGGGGACUCCAUGGAGCUGGAAAUUUGGUGUCUGGAAAUGAAUGAAAAGUGUGACAAAGAAAUAAAAGUUUCAUACACUGUAUACAACAGGCUGUCUCUACUGCUGAAGUCUUUGCUUGCUAUAACCAGGGUAACUCCAGCCUACAGACUCUCAAGGAAACAAGGCCAUGAAUAUGUAAUAUUAUACAGGAUAUAUUUUGGUGAAGUGCAGCUGAGUGGCUUGGGAGAAGGGUUCCAGACAGUCCGUGUUGGGACAGUGGGUACUCCCGUGGGCACCAUCACUUUGUCUUGUGCUUACAGAAUCAACCUUGCUUUCAUGUCAACCAGGCAGUUUGAGAGGACCCCUCCUAUCAUGGGGAUUAUCAUUGAUCACUUUGUGGACCGCCCCUAUCCCAGUUCUUCACCCAUGCAUCCCUGCAAUUACAGAGCUGGUGAGGACAGUGGUGCAGUGUACCCCUCAGUAGAAGAUUCCCAAGAAGUGUGUACCACAUCUUUUUCCACCUCUCCUCCAGCUCAGUGUGUUUUUACUGUCACAAAGGCACAUUUUCAGACCCCUCCUCCUGUGGUGACGGACACCUUGAAGGUCCCAGUGAUGGGACUGGCCUUUUCACAUCAACUUUCCAGCUCUCGUCUUUCUUAUCAGCCUGCUGCCCUGGGAGUUGGAUCAGCUGACAUGGGGUAUCCUGUACUCUUUGCUGGUGGCUUGAAUGCUGCACACCCUCACCAGUUGAUUGGUCCAGGCAAAGAGGGGGGAGUUCCCCCGAUUCCUAGCCAGCCAGCACAUGGCACUCAGGCUGACCAAGAGAGGAUGUGCACCCCACUGGAUGGAGUCCACUACUCUGCAGCUACUCCUUCUAGUAGCGAGGACACGGAGACCGUCUCCAACAGCAGCGAGGGGAAGUGUGGCUCUCCACACGACCUCUUGGAGACCAUCUUUGUCCGGAAGGUGGGAGCUUUUGUCAACAAACCCAUCAACCAGGUGACCAUGGCCAACUUAGACAUUCCUUUUGCCAUGUUUGCUCCCAAGAAUGUUGAGCUGGAAGAUAACGACCCCAUGGUUAAUCCUCCUGACUCCCCAGAAACUGAAUCUCCUCUGCAAGGCAGCUUACACUCAGAGGGCUCCAGUGGCAGCAGCACAGGGAACACCCAUGAUGACUUUGUUAUGAUUGAUUUUAAACCAGCAUUUUCAAAAGAUGACAUUCUUCCAAUGGACCUGGGGACAUUUUACCGUGAGUUUCAGAACCCCCCUCAACUCAGCAGCCUCUCUAUUGACAUUGGAGCACAGUCCAUGGCAGAGGAUUUGGACUCCUUACCAGAGAAGCUGGCAGUCCACGAGAAAAAUGUCAAAGAGUUUGAUGCCUUUGUAGAAACCUUGCAGUGAAGCCAUUUCCCAGUUUUGCUGCACCAGCUCUUCCUUCUCAAGGCAUCUUGGAGAAUGACGUCAACAAAUGUCUCUAUUGCCCCUGCUCUGCCUUUUAUCUCACUGACUAGUUCCUUCCAUCAAGUGAGCUUUGAUUGCUCUCUUCAACAGCUCAUCUGCUGAUUUUCCUCAACUACACCACUACACAGUUCUGGGCUGCUUUUCCUGCUGUCAGUUUUGAAUUUAAAGACUUCAGUAUGGAUGCGGGAGGUCAAACUCCAAUGUAUGAAACUUCCUCUCUCCCCAGUCUCUGUUCUGUGUGGAGGGCCUUUGUGAAAAGGUGCCGUGUGCUUCCUCCAAAGGUCCCAUGGUGUAAGUUCCCUAGGUGUAGCUCCUUGCUAACAGACUUGUACCUACAGUCUCUGAUCCUGGUAGGGCACAGAAAGCUUUGGCUCGUUUCCAGGGUCUGUGAGUUCAGCAGAUUUCAAGAGGUUGAAGUCCAGGACAUCCUUUCUGCAGAAUGGGGCAUUCAUCCUGACUUCAGUGUGAGUGCCUGGAGCCCAGGGAGAGACCUCAGUGUUGGGACCUGUGUAACACAAAGUUACCUUUGUUGCUGGCUUCUGAGGAACUGGCUUCUCUGCAGAGCCCCCGCGUGAGGCCUCCUCACGCUUUCACCUUUCCUUCCUGAGCGCAGUGCUGCUCGGCCACACGGAGUGACCAGUGCUGACUGCUGGCAAGCCUGCAUGUGGCAGCUGUGGUGAUGCUGAAUUCACAGGCUCUGCUGCUGAAAUGCAACUGUAAAUACUAGGAAUCCUAUUUCUUUAGGGUUAUGUAACUAGGAGUCUUAGUCCAAGAUUCUUUCCUCUAAUCCUUGCAAACCUUCCUGCUUUAUGAUUAAUAGAUGAUCUGAAGAAAUAUUUAUUGCUUUUAAAGAAACCUAUAUUUAAAAGAUGUUCUGUUUUCAUGUGGUAGUGCAGGUCAUGCUGCCCUGGAUCACUGCAGACAGCAAGUGUGCCAUGGAACCCUGGCCAGUGAGACUGGCCUCCCUUUGCAGGACAAUAUCCAAGAUAUUUAUUUUCUAAGACAGACUUGAUUAUUAUUCUCAUACAGUGCUCUGUUUGGGGACUGUGUGUCCAUUGCAGCCAGACAGGGCCCAUGGGUAGAACGAAUGGCACACAUUGGUGGAGUGGAGUGGCAGGGACUUGGUAAAAAGCUGUGUUCUGAUAGGCAUGGAUGAAGUUGCAGUGUUCUUCAGCCAUUCAGAAAGCAGCUUCUUUAAAGAAGCACAUUUUUGGGGAGCUUAUGGUACUUUUUAUUCAGCUGGCUUUUGAUUAGCUGAAAUUUUAUUUUUGUAAUGAUCUGGCUAGCAGUAGUGUGAGUGGCUGGCAGUGCUCCACCCUUGAUUUGGCUGUUGUAUGCAUUUGCCUGAUGGUAAGGGUGGGA